AUUCUUAACACUUGCACUGAGUUUACCAAAGCUCCCCGUGCCCGUCCAUGGUUCUCCUCAACUCCCUUGAAUAUGAGUACCUAGCGCUCACGCUACUGUCUGCGCUCUUCAUCCCUUGUGUCCUCUACAAGAUUUGCGAGUUGUCCCCUUGGUCCCAUUCACGAUCCCGCUCAAGGCGUCCGACCCGAGUGACCAGAAGCACGUGCGAUGCGCUCGCGAUAUCCAAAUCCAUAUGCACCGUUGUCUUCGCGACUGCUUGCGCAGCAUCGUUGACCGUCCUGUGCAGGACCGGGUACUAUGGAGAUCCUACAGAAAGGCACGCGCUGGCGAGACCCGCGUAUGUUCUCCAGCUGUUUUCCUCGCUCACGCUGGUGCCCGCGAUGUAUCUCCAGCAUACGCAUGGAAUUGCACCGAGCACGCUCCUGACAUUAUUCUUCCUGGGUGGCAUCGUCUUCGACAGCCUUCAUCUAAGAACGCUUGUAUUGAGCUCAUCAAAGGUCGUUGCCAGCUACGCAGUAGCUGCGAGUAGUCGUUUCGUACUCCUCAUACUCGAGCUCGUCGAAAAGCGGAGGCUGCUUCAAGCCAAGCAUCGGCCACGUGCCCGCGAAACGACCUCUUCUCUGCUCUCGCGCCUGACUUUCGUCUGGCUGAUACCAUUGCUUGCAUCCGGCCGCAGGCGGUCUCUAACUGUCGACGACCUACUGGAUUACGGAGUACCAGAUGCGUAUACGGGGAAAGACGCUGGCGAUGAACUACUCGCUGCUCUGCAAACAGAGCAUGGGCAUGGCAAUCCGGGAAGCGAGAACAAGCUAUUGAAAGCUACCAUUAUGGCGUUUUCUCACCACUUCUUUGCUCCCGUCCUACCGCAGCUGCUCUUGAUAGUGGCUACGUUCGCCCAAACAUAUCUCGUACAGGGCAUGCUUAGCUUCGUCUCGUCGUACCGGAUCGAUGGUGUCAAACCAGAAAAUGCGUCACGGGGUUGGGCCCUCGUUGGAGGAUACGUGCUCGUAUAUCUCGCCAUCGCUGCUAGCACUUCGCUCUAUUGGGACAAGGUCUAUGCGUUCACCGUGUAUUACCGGGGUGCCUUAAUAUCAGUCAUCUUUGAGAAGACACUGAAACUAUCCUCCGUGGCUGCUCGCUCACAAGGAGCUGGUUCAGCUAUCAGUUACAUGACGGUCGACGUCGAGCGCAUCAUAGACAGUAUCGCUUUCUUCCACCAAGCGUGGUCAGCCAUUGUGUCCAUUGCCGUCGCCGCCGUAAUCCUGUGGUAUCAGGCCAGUUAUGCUAUGUUUGCUCCGCUUGGCGUGAUUCUCUUUUUCAUAGCAUUCACAACAUUGCUGGGAAAGACAGUCGAUAAAGCGCAGAUGGAAUGGAUGGCCGCCACAGAGAAGAGGAUGAAGCUCUUGACAUCCGUGGUCUCGCAUGUGCUGCCGAUCAAACUCUCGGCCCUCGAAUCUGUGAUGGUGGAUCGUAUUUCGCGGUUGCGAGGGCGGGAAGUCAGAUUGCUUCGCGCAUUCUAUCGUCGCAUUAUCACGGUGGGAGCUCUUUCCACGGCUACUGUGAAUUUCGCGGGGCUAGCCGCACUCGGCACAUACAUCGCCAUCACCUCCCAGUCGCUGGAGCCAUCAAAGUUGUUCACGAUACUCACUGUCGUGAACCUCGUCAUCCUUCCCAUCAGCACGAUUGGUCACGUCUUUCCUCUACUGAUAGCAGGCUACGCUAGCCUACGACGCGUUUCGACGUUUCUUUCGCUCGAAGAGAAACAGCGCUACCAAGCCCAGACUCCAACGAGCCGCAACUCGAAUGACUCUCUCACGAGCCAUCGUACUUUAGCAAACAAAGAUGACUUGGACAGCAUACCGAUGGAUGCUAGAUCCUACGGACAGAUCAUACUGCGCAACGCAUCGUUCUCGCCAUCUUGCCUCCGGAAACCUAUUCUUCAUGACCUCUCCAUCACGUUCAAGUCGGGGGCGUUGACGAUGAUCAUCGGCCCAGUCGGCUGUGGCAAAUCGUUCCUACUUCUAUCCCUUCUACGGGAGACAUGCCCGGCAGCUGGUCACGCAACGCAACUGAUGGGACGGGUGGCGUAUGCCAGCCAAGACCCUUUCCUCCUGCCGACGACCGUCCGCGCAAACAUCGUGCUGGACAAGGCGUUCGAUCCAGUAUGGUAUACGACGGUCGUCAAAGCCUGCUGCCUUGUUCCCGAUCUCGCGAGGAUGGACAAGGGCGACAUGACAGUCAUCUCCGAUAGUAAUGGGCUGAGCGGCGGUCAAAAGCAUCGAGUGGCGUUAGCCCGUGCGCUGUACGCGAAAAGUGACGUGAUACUUCUUGACGACAGUUUCUCCGCGCUGGAUGCUCGAACGUCUUCGUCUGUUUUCAGCAAUCUAUUUGGAUCGGAGGGCCUGUUGCGAACGCACACGACCAUUCUGGUUACCCACAACGACCAUCACCUCCGAUUCGCUCACGACAUCGUAAUCCUCGACGAGGGCAGAGUGGUUGCACAAGGAGAUCUCGAGUCUUUGUUGGAGAGCGCCGUGGACGUAUCGUCCUACAUCACGUCCGACACUCAACAUAGUGCCGGGAUCGAAAUGCGCCCAAGGUGCAACCUCGAAAAGCAGGAGAGGGAACCGGCUCUGGAGGACGUGCCCCAGGCCGUUCCACCGCAGACGCUCUCCGACGUCUCUGGGCAGGUGAACGUUGAAGGUCCCGACGAAAAGACCGGCGUGGCAUCAGCGGAGCCCGCGAAGAAGGAUGCCUCCUCUCCGUCCGGCUGGGCUCAGUUCCAUUUUUUCUUCUCUGCCUGCCGAUGGCCCCGGUUGGCCGUGGCUCUGGCGUCGAUAUUGGGCUAUUCGGUCACGGAGGUGGGCCUACAGAUCUUCCUUAAAAGCUGGUCGGAAAGCGAUGCGAUAGACCAGAGACCGUGGCUAUGGGCUUACGCCGUAUUCGCGGUUGCCUGCGGGAGUGCUGCGUUCAUCGCCUUCUUCUCGUAUACUCAACAGACGACGCCUCAUGCGUCCUUGGAGAUCCACCACAGGAUGUUGUCGGCGGUGGCCUAUGCAUCUCCUACAACUCUUCGAAACACGAAGCCCGAAAAGUUGAUCAAUCGCUUCUCUGGCGACAUGAAUGCAAUCGAUUUUGCAUUCCCUCUGGCCAUCCUCGAUUUUACUAUCACCGCCGCGUAUGUCGUUGGCGCCAUGAUCCUCGUUUUUCUGGCCGUCCCCUGGCUCGCAGUUUCGCUCCCCGUUCUUUGUGCCGUAUACUGGCUUUUGCAGAGCUUUUACCUUGCCACGUCCCGUCAACUGCAAGGUCUCGAAAUGGCCGCCAAAGCGCCUUUGGUCAGCACCUUCAGCACGACCUUCAGUGGUUUGGAGACUAUACGUGCGUACGGGACGGAGAAGUUCACCCUGGCCGAAGGCAGACGCCAUCUCGCCUCCAGCCAGGCGCCGGUGUAUUUCCGAUACGCUGGUAUCCGUUUCCUACGCACUGCGCUGAACGGGAUGACACUCUUCAUCGCCGUAGCGGUGGCCACACUUGCCGUCGCCCUGCGCAACUCGACGUCCGCAGGAUUUCUUGGUGUUGCACUCAGCCAAAUCGUCGGGCUCUCCACCAGUAUUUCAAAUUUGUUGCUCUCAUGGUCCCGCGUGGAGAACGGCGUGGUCUCUGUUGGACGCAUACAAGACUCUACGGCGAUGACGACCGAACGGUUUUCGUCGGAGCUGAGCCCGGCGCCAGGAAACGAGUCCGAGUUCAUGGUGAGGGGAGACAUCGAGUUUCGGAACGUCUCCCUCGCUUAUGGACCUGGUCUGAAACCUGCCCUGCGUGACGUGUCGUUUGCGGUCCGCGGUGGAAGCAAGAUAGCAUUGUGCGGACGAACGGGGAGCGGAAAAUCGAGCGUGCUCUUGGCGUUACUGUCAGGAGUGGACAAGAAUCUUAUCCAAGGUGAAAUCUUGGUGGAUGGUGUGGACGUUAACGAUGUGCCGUUUUCGCGUCUUCGGUCCUCUAUGAGUGUGAUCUUCCAGGACCCAUUACUUCUCGGGGUGUCUGUUCGCGAAAACCUGACCCUGCGCGCUCUCGCGAACCAGAUUGAUCCACCCUCGGAGGGGGAGUUAUGGAACGCUCUCAGCCGCGUUGGUCUCGCUGACGUCGUUCGGAAGUUGGAUGACGGGCUCGAUACUGUCGUUGACGACGAGCACGUGCAACUGUCGCGAGGAGAGCGUCAAUUAUUGUGCCUCGCGCGGGUUUUGCUCGAAAAACGGAACAUUAUCAUCUUUGACGAAGUGUCUUCGAGCAUGGACUCGCAUACUGAGGCACGGCUGCAUUUGGUCCUCUCCACGGACCUGAAGCACUGCACGGUCAUUUCCAUUGUACAUCGAAUAUCUUCCGUCUUGGACUUUGACAAGGUUUUGGUGCUGGACGAUGGCGUUGUGGUGGAGGAUGGCAGACCGAAGGAUUUGCUCCAGAGUGAAUCGAGAUUCAGGGAGCUCGCUAGAGCGCAAGAUCUGAAAGAUUGAAGCAAUUGUGUAUUUCAAGAGGAUAUAGAAUCCUCUCAUAAUCAAGCAAGAAUGUCAUCGAGAACGUCGUGUGUUCCCAGCCAGGCUGAGAGAGGGAAAACGAGGACGAACGAUGGUUAGUCGCUUCGUGGCCCGCAACAGGACGUAAACAGCAACGCGCUGCCGGAUUCCACAAGCAUGAGCCUUUCACAUGCCCAACGCCCAUUCCCGAUGGCGGCGUCACAGCGGAAGAACCGGUGGAGGAAGAAGGGCAUACCCCGGACCGCCACCCAUGCAUGGGUAUAUGAGAUGUAGAUGAGAUAGU